AAUUUUUGAGUUUCGUAUUGAUUGGAACAGGAGUCCACUGUUCAUUGACAGUUGUAGCUUGUCUGUUCGCCUUCGAUCCCGAAAGCGUCUUGCUUUACCCCAGCCUAAACCAAUCUGUUCAAGCCGAUCAAAUUAGUAGUAGCAAGAGUAAGAGUACAUAGUGUACUCUUGGUAGUAGUCAGUGCGAGGUUAGAAGUACGACUGCUGUUGUAUUUUGUAUUUGUGAACGAAGCUAUUUGCUCAUACGCGGAGUACAAUUAUUUGCAUUCGUCUCGAGUGGUGUAUCUCCACGCGCUUUACCAGUUAUCGAGGGAUGACAGAUCUGUAAAGUUGUGAAACAAUGGCUGCAGAUGUCACUGAGGACCUCCUGGCGUUAGUUGUGGAAGGAUGCCGCAUGCCGGUCCGCAUGACUGGGUCCGAUGAAUGGCCGCUGGCAGAAAUCAUCAGCAUCAAGGAUGGAAAGGAUAGCUUCUACGUCCAUUACAUUGACUACAACAAACGUCUCGAUGAGUGGGUGGCGCGAGAUCGCCUGAACUUGUGUAAGAUCCAGCCACCCGUCAAGAAAGAUGCCAAGAAAGGCGCCCGACCACCAUCACCCGAUGCAGCGUCACGGAAGAACCAGUCUGGGAGGAAACGAAAGACCCUGCAUGGUGCGGCAGCUGAGUCCCAGCAGGCCAAAGCUUCCAGACAGGCCUUGCUGUCAUCCUCAGUGCAUGCUUUGUCAGACUCGCUAGCUAGUAUGCCGGACGGUGCUGAUGAGGCCAUGAAGGAUGUCCCAAUGGAAACUGAAGAGCCAGCUGCGGAGGCCGCCGCGCCUCCCGCUCCCGUCCAGCAGCAGAACCUGCGCAAGGGCGGCUCGAUGGUCCAGAGCCACGACGACACGGUGACGCGAAUCAAGAACGUGCAGCUGGUGGAGCUGGGCGAGCACCGCAUCCAGCCGUGGUACUUCUCGCCGUACCCGCAGGAGUGGAUCAACCUGCCCUGCAUCUUCCUGUGCGAGUUCUGCCUCAGGUUUUGCAAGUGCCGCACCAGCCUGGUCCGCCACAGGGAGAAAUGUACGUUGUAUUAUCCGCCAGGGAACGAGAUCUACCGGAAGGAUGACAUAUCAUUCUUUGAAUGUGAUGGGCGAAAGUGUCGGCCAUAUGCGCAGAACCUGUGCCUGCUGGCGAAAUUGUUUCUAGACCACAAGACGCUGUACUACGACACGGACCCGUUUCUGUUCUACGUCAUGACGAAGUUUGAUGAGCAGGGGUACCAUCUUGUUGGCUACUUUUCGAAGGAGAAAGAGUCAAGCGAGGACUACAAUGUGGCGUGUAUUCUGACACUACCGCCGUACCAGCGGAAGGGCUACGGCAAGCUUCUCAUCGAGUUCAGCUAUGAGCUAUCCAAAUUUGAAGGCAAGACCGGUACACCGGAGAAACCUCUCUCUGAUCUCGGUCUUUUGAGCUACCGCAGCUACUGGUCUGAUGCGAUCCUGGAGAUUCUCACUGAGCAGCUGAAGCGCGGCAGUCCGAGUAAUCCACCGCUUUUGUGCAUCAACGAGGUAUGCGAGAUGACUAGUAUUCGUAAGGAUGAUGUGAUCUCCACGCUGCAGCACCUGAACCUCAUCCACUACUACAAAGGCCAAUACGUACUCUCGCUCAACAAGGACGUCAUUGACACUCACACGCGCUCCAUGUCCAAGCGGCGCGUGCGAAUCGACUCCAAGUGCCUGCACUGGACUCCCAAGGAUUGGUCAAAACGCGGCAAAUGGUAACCUGUUCUUGCUGCUUAUGUUUGUGAAUGUAAACAGCUUCUAGGAUUUUAAACUGAUAGGAAUUACGUUCGACACUUGUUUCAGUGUUGUCUGUUUUGCACGUUAUGCUCCUGCUGCCCCAGUCUUUUAAAUGUUGAAUUUUGUAAAUAGUUUCAUUGUAUCAAAGGGUUUUCAAACUGUACAUACGAUCACGUGUACAUAGGGAAGAAAUUGCACUAUUUGCAGCAAGGACUUUUGACACUUUGUCUAGGGAAGUAAUUGUCCGCAUGUUUUUUUGUGGUGUCUGACUUCCUAAUUCUGGCGACCGCAUGGUAUUUCACCAAACUGGUUCGAGUGUGUCCAGAUCAGUCAAUAGUUAUCAUGGCUCAAUGUGGCCACCUGUGCCAGCAUGUCACUCUCUUCUUUUAGUCUUGUUACCAUGUCUUCUACUCGGUGUUGUUAUUAUCAGUAUUACUCUUGUUCGCAGUAGAACUUAGAUUCCUUAUUCGUCUUUUUCUUUUCUUUUUUUUUCCAUUAUGGGUGAAUAGUUUGUUGAGGCAUAUUUCCGAUUCUAUGAGUAUAUUGCUUGAUUGCUUCUGUGCCCACAUUCA